GAUCCCUGUGCUUUUGUUCUGAUGGAAGAAAACUCGAACAAUUCUUUUUAUUAUUCGUUGUCUGACAUGAAAAACUUAAAGACUGCCUUUCGUGAUGCUAUCAUCGAAAACAGGAGGGUCAGAAAUGAGAAAAUGUUCUUUCCUACGCAUCUUUACAUCCACAAUGUGGGCAAAAAUAGUGGUAGCGGCAAAAUAGGUAGUAAACCAGACAUUCUCAACAAUACGAUGGAACCAGGAGGUGGCGCAUUGGUUGCUAAGCCUGUGAAUCUCUUGUGCCCGAGUGACAAGGAGAAGAAGGUGCUAGCGAUCGAUCUGGGCGGUAGUUUCCUAAAACUGUGCGUAUACAAACUCAGAAACGAUGAAAUUGUGUCACAUACUCGGCUCAAGAAGUACAAGAUUCUGAAGGAUGGCAGUUUGUCCAAUACUUCAAUGUUUGAUUGGGUCGCGAGCAAAACACACGAUUUUUUGAUGUGCGAGAUCAGAGAAAAAGUAAUUGACAGCGAGAAGAGCAAUAUAACGCUGUGCAGACUGAUCGAUGAGGACUUUAUGAACAAUUUAACCGCAGGAAUGACAAUAUCAUAUCCGAUUCAGCAUUGUGCACUCAACAGCGGGUAUAUACGGGAGAUAGGAAAAGACUUUCCCUUCAAAGGGAUUGAUAUCCAGAAGGAGGAACUUGUUGAAUGUACCACAAAGGCGUUCAAGCGGUACAAUAUCAAUAUUCAGAUCAAGGUGCUACUCAACGACACCACUGCCACGCUGGCAAGCGCUGUCAGAUCAGAUAACGUAUUCUAUGUUGGCAUUGUUCUUGGGACAGGCACUAACAUCGCGUUUAAUGAUAGGGUACUUUAUGAAAAUCAGGUUAUAAAUACUGAAAUAGCGUCCUUUGACAGCGAUCAUCUCAGAAAGAAUAUCUAUGACAUGAAGAUAAGGGAGGACAUCCUGUCGAGCAACAAAAUAUACAAGCCAUUGGAUUGCAUGCUGGGCGGUUACCAGUUGGUAAAAUUGUUUAAUAUUGCAAUCAAGGAUCAAUUCGAUAGAGAGAACUACACACUUGAUGAUAUUGUGCACCUUCUUGACCUGCCACCAGGAAAUAGCAACUACACGGAGGAGUUUUACGUCAUUCUGAGCAUAAAAAAGCGUACGAUGCGCAUAUUGGCCUCCAUGGUCUUCGGCAUUCUUGAGGCACAGGAGGUAAAUUCAAGAAUCAAAAUUGUUCUGAAUGGCACUGUUUUUGAACAAGAUUACGACAGACGCAUAUUUAUAGAUGAGAUACGGAGACUGUGUGCCGAUUCCUCAUCGUAUAAGUACAAAAAUUUUACGUUUGAGAGCAUAUGUGACGCCACUUUACGCGGAAUUGCUAGAAUUCUUCUACAAAUCGAUUAAAAUUCAUUUUUAUUGCAA